AUGUGGGAUUAUUCGUAUUUUAUAGUGCUGGGAGUGCUGCUGGUGAUCUGUGCCAUCGGAUGCUGUGUGAGCGCUCGUAGAGAGGCCCGGGAGGCCCAUGAGCACCAGCAGAGGGAGUGGGAGUCUAUAGCCGACAUGACCAUGAUCAGUUUCACACUGGCCCCAGAUGGCACCAUCCAGCCGAGCAUCCAUGUCGGUCCCAACCCCCCGGACUCGUCUCUCCCACCGUACAGCACCGCUAACGUCAGACCCACGGCACAGUACGGGUGUACACUCCCCAGCCCUGGGGAGUCUCUCCCCCCACCCCCACCAUACACCUCUCAGGAGCACCUUCUUACAGAGGAAGGGGGCAGGCAAGAUGACAGGUAA